AUGGCGGCGCGGGGGCGGCUGGACACAGCCGCUCGUCAGUUUGCUGGAGAUGCGAAGACAGCGACGCUGUCAGACAAGUGGCAUGCAGACAGCAAUCCCUUCCAAGGCCUCGUAGACCCUGUUCAUCUCGCACUCUCCCGCCUCCGACGUCGCAACUAUGACAAGUGCAUUGAUGUCGCAACCGAGCUCCUGGGAAGGCACGGCGUUGACCAGCAGGUGUGGUGGAUCAAAUGUCGAGCCCUGACCAACAAGAAUGGCAUUGUCGACACAGAGUUCGAUGAAGAAGGUCUUGCCGAGCUUCUCCUCGAUGAGAAUGCUACAGCUCAGGUCCCGCGUCCUGGCACUUCACUCAGUCGCCCCCAGUCCUCUACAGUGUCUGGGCCUUCACCUGCCGUCAGACCCAUGACCAACAACGGUCGUCCUCUCUCCGGCUUCUCUCGUCCGGGCUCAGGCUUGACCAAGCCCGGCACCGGCAUGUCACUUGAGCGAGCCAUGACGUCGAGCCGCGUCGGCACUGCCAUGACGAGGCCCGUCACUACCUCCGGUCGCUUCGUGCGCCUCGGAACCGCCUCCCUCCAGUCCGAGCCUGGCGGCGCCUUCGUCAACCUGGAGAAGCUCAACAUGCAGAAAUACGCGGAGAGACCUUCACUCGCCAAGGCCUUGUGCGACUACAUGCUCAGCGUUGAGCACAACCCUAGGAAGGCAGUCGAGCUGGGAGCAGCUGCUACCUCAGCUGUGAACUUCGCGGACUGGUGGUGGAAGAUGAAGCUGGGACGAGGAUAUUACCAACUGGGUUUGCUUCGAGAGGCAGAGCUCCAGUAUCUUUCUUCUUUGAAGCUCCAAGAGAUGGUUUGCACCUACCUUCAGCUUGCCAACGUCUAUCUUCGGCUUGACCAACCUCGCAAUGCACUCGACGUUUACAAGCAGUCACCGGAAGUUGCUUUGCGAUACUACCGCCGGCUGCUCCAGAUGGGGGUCAGCUCCUCGGCUCUCUGGAACAAUUUGGGACUCUGCUGCUUCUACGCAGGGCUGUACGACAUGAGCCUGACAUGCUUUGAGCAAGCUUUGAUCUCUGCUGAGGACGACACCCUUGGGGAUAUUUGGUACAACAUCUCGCAUAUAGCUAUCGGCAUCGGAGAUCUUGGACUUGCUUAUCAGACUCUCAAGGUCGCUGUAGCUGCCGACCCGAACCAUGCAGAGGCGACGAACAAUCUCGCCAUCCUCGAACUGCGCAAGGGCAAUGUGGAGCUGGCAAGAAGUGGGUUCAAGGAGGCAGGCAAGCAGGGGCCUCACGCCUUCGAGCCUCCCUUCAACUCUGCCCUUCUGGCCUACAAGCUGGGAGAUGCCCAGGAGAGCUUUCAGCUGGUACAACAAGCCUUGCUCUGCUACCCCGACCACGUGGAGUCCAAGGAGCUACUAGAGCAGCUGAAGCAGAAGUUCAACUAA